UUUUGUGAAUCAUGUAGACAAGGGAGGAGGGGAAGAAGGGAUAUCUCUACUUCAAAACCUUUUCUUUCGUGCUGUUUGCUUGGAACAUAAUCUGUAGGUGGUUUUCUUUUAUGUUAGUGUGUUAGUAUACCUGAUGUGAUCAGAAGCACUUUAUCUUAGCCUCUGCACUGAUGUUUCCAAAAACGAAGUGACUAAGAUGCUGCUAGAGGACCGUGGCUUACAGUUAAGGCAGAUGUGACUGCAACAACUGUGCCUAGGAAAGCUGUAGUCUGAGCUGCCUUCUGUCUUCAGGAUUUCUGGGAUUCCAGAAGCAGAAGUGGUUGCAGAGAAGACAUGUCCUUUGAGAUUUUGAAAUGCUUCUGCUUAGAGUGUAAAGCUCUUCCUGAUUAGGCCCACAGGAAGCACAUCUCCUGUAGUGCAGCCAAAUUGGUAUUGUUAUUAAAUACUUCUUCUCAGACUCUCCAGUGGUAACUCUUCUCCGUGGUGGCGUUAUUUGGGAAGAAGAGCCUCUAUGGUUGCCUCUGUGUAUUGACUAGCUGAGGAUGUGGCCUUGACACAUAACUCUGUGUGGUGAUUUCUAACUUGGAAGCUGUGGUGGGAUCCAAAGAACAGUUUAUAGAGAGUUUUUCAUCUUUUUCCUUAAAUUGAACUUUCCAGUACUAAAACUUGGGACUUCAAACUUGGGAUCUUCAUUAGAACACAGUCUAGAAUAAUAGGAAGAAAACCCCCAAAGCCUUGCCAUCAGACAAAUUAAAAUUAAUUUUCUUUAAUGAUUCUCCCCUUUGCCAAAUAUGUUCUUGCAAAUUGGGUCUUUGCCCUUGGUUUAUUCUCAGUGCAGCAACCUUGUUGGUUUCUGGGUGGCAUAAAAUUCUGCAUAUUCCUCUCUGGUUAUGAAGAAAACCCUGUCCUCUUCCGUCACUUCUGAGCAGUAAGAGAGCUCCUCUGGCCCGUUGUGCAGCCUGUGGGAAGAGACGAGCUGGUGGCCUUCCUCUGCUCCAGCUGUAACCUUUUUGAAAGGACUUCACUUAAUGCACGGCAGGCAAACCAGAAUCCAGAUGAUUCUGAAGUAUUUGGAAAAUGAGCAUUCUUCUCAUUGAAGCCUUCUAUGGUGGUUCCCACAAACAGCUGAUGGAUCUUCUCCAGGAAGAGCUACAAGAAGACUGUGUCCUCUGUACCCUCCCUGCCAAGAAGUGGCAUUGGAAAGCACGGACUGCUGCUCUUUAUUUCAUGCAAACAGUGCCAACAAGUACUAAUUACAGGAUCCUCUUUGCAAGCUCGGUGCUUAACCUGGCUGAACUCGCUGCCCUCCGCCCUGACCUUGGCAAAUUGAAAAAGAUCCUCUACUUCCAUGAGAAUCAAUUGGCAUAUCCUGUCCAGAAAUGCCAGGAAAGGGAUUUUCAGUAUGGAUACAACCAGAUUCUUUCAUGUUUGGUUGCUGAUGUUGUGGUGUUCAACUCUGCUUUUAAUAUGGAAUCGUUUCUUACAUCCAUUGGAAAAUUUAUGAAGCUGAUUCCUGACCACAGACCUAAGGAUUUGGAAAAAAUAAUCAGACCGAAGUGCCAAGUUCUUUAUUUUCCAGUCAGGUUUCCUGAUGUGAGCAGGUUCAUGCCAGAACAUAAGCUUGCCCAUUUGGAAAAGGUAAUUGGUGUUAAAAGAAAUGGAGAUGCUUAUCAAAUGGAGGGUCUGCCCGGCCAGCAGAAGGGCAGAGCUUUAAUGAAAAACAGCAACGCACAUCGUGAGUCUGGACUUUGUGAAGCCCAGCCUGGACUUUGUACCACACAGCACGAGGGGCUGCCUUCCCCAUUAACAGCGCCGGCGAGAUUGAACAAGCCUGAAGCAUCAGAAAGUACAAAUCCUUGUCAAGAGGAAGAUAAGCAACAUCUGACUUUUAACCUCUCUAAUAUCUUGAGUGGACGGGACUAUCAGCAAAGACCUUUACACGUUGCCUGGCCCCACAGGUGGGAGCAUGACAAAGAUCCUGAAACUUUCUUUAAAGUCCUGCUGAAACUGAAGGAGCAAGAUCUACCUUUUCACGUGUCCGUCCUUGGAGAGGCUUUCACUGAAGUUCCAGAUAUCUUUACAGAGGCCAAAAAAGCGUUGGGAUCUUCCGUCUUGCACUGGGGCUACUUACCCAGCAAAGAUGACUAUUUCCGAGCUCUGUGCAUGGCCGAUGUUGUCAUCUCGACAGCUAAACACGAAUUCUUUGGCGUGGCAAUGGUCGAAGCUGUGUAUUGCGGCUGUUACCCGCUGUGUCCCAAAGCCUUGGUGUACCCGGAGAUAUUCCCAGCUGAAUAUCUGUAUUCUACACCUGAACAGCUUUUUAAAAGGCUUCAGAAUUUCUGCAAGAGACCAGAUAUUGUAAGGAAACAUCUCUAUAAGUUUUAUGGAAUCAAACGUUGCUCUCUGGUUCGGGGUAUUUGUGGUUGCCAAAGUAAGCGCCAGAAUGAAGCAAGUAACAGCAACAGGGCAUCGGUCUCCAUCAGAUUACACCAGAGGACCUGUCAGUGUUUGCAGGGUCCCUAUCUAGUAGGUUUAAAAUUAAAAAAAAAAAAAAAAAGAAUAAAAAAUAGGGCAAAGCAUUUGUUUCUGCAUUAUUUUCUUUAAGUUUACCUUUCAGUUCCCUCACUUCAGUUUCUUAAUUUAAAACAGCAUGUAUAAAGAGUAUACAGUGGAAAGGGACAAGAAGAGUUGCCAAAAGCCAGGCAUGGAAGGAGCUGACAACUUUAAAUAAUCUCUCCCAGCCCUCCCAGCUGAAUGAGUGCUGGUUGACAUGCUGUCAGCUUCAGUUCCUACAGAAAAAUCCUACUCUCACUCAUGCUUGUUUAACGGAGAAAAGAAUUUGGCCCACUUUCUGACAUUCAUCUUCUCAUUUCCAUCACACUACAGAAGCUCACCUGCCUAUGAAAAGACACAUGGCGUGAUUUUUUUUUUCCUUUCUUACACCACUGUAGAAGGAAGUCUGCUGAAUUCAAAGGAAUUAAACUGCUGUAAAAUCAAAUUAAGAUCCCAGUUAGACCGUAGACAUCUGAAUUGUUUCCAGUCUCAGGAUUUGGCUGUAUAGGGCAGUUCUGACAAAACUUUUUUUUUACUUUUUUUUUCCUUUUCUUUUUGCUCUGAUUUGAGAUAAAGCAGUAUCAUCAGUAUUUCAGGAAAACACGUAGAAGGGAAAACUGCUCCUGGUCCAGCUUUAAUAUUUAGGCACAGCUAGGGCGACAGCAGGAGGCAUUCUCAGCCUAAGGAUACGGGGUGCUGGACAAGCGAGGAUGUCCCAUCAGCCACUCAGCCCUGUUGCAAGGAGCAGAAGUUGUUCAUAGUUCUUGUACGGCUCAUGUAAGAGCCAGGGAUGAUGCCUCUGCCCUUAUCCAUACCCACUGCCCAGCAAAACUCCAUGAGAAAUUUCCUUUUUCCGUAAGGAUGCUAACCGCCACUCUGGAUCAGCACGCCAUGUGUUUAAUUCCAUGGUUUUGAUAGUGGUGAGCAUCAGAUGUUUGGGAGAAGGCUGACACGGGUAGAAAGGGGAUAUUAAAGGUCUUCUCUUUGUCUUUUAGAGUUAGAGAUUGGUCCUAACCCUGGACUUGGACAUUUUAUCACCUUUCACAGCCUUUUAGCAUUAAGUAUUGCCAGGCUGUACAUAAAGUUCUCCAUUUGAGAUUCAGGCCCUUGGAAGCCCCUGUUCCUGUCUUUCACGGCUUCCUAUAGCAACGCGGCUCAUCAUAUCUUUAGAGACAGCGGUAAAAGCAUUUCCUUCAGUUGGCUCAGGGUUUCCCCACCUUCAGUUGCGUUGAGUGUCGUCUUGUUCUGGAGUUGGUCGCCUGGAAGCAGAAGCUCCUCAUCCAUCUUUUCUAUACCAUUCAUUAUUUUAUAAACAUUUGUCAAACUCUUGCAGUAUCCCGGUCUUUUCAGUCUUUCCCCGUGAACAUUAUUCCAUAUUUAUGUGCUAAUUUCUCAUCAUCCAAGCCGUUUUGAUGCUUGAGAGCUGUUUUUGUGCUGGUGCGAUCAUUGCUUUACAGAGUAUUCUAGGCCAUGCCAUCGGUUUAUGUGAUGUGUUGUACUCUGAUAAUUUUCAACCUGUUCCUUAUGGAGCCAAACAUACUGUUUACUUUUUAAUGGUGAAUGUAUAUUGAGCAGAUGUUUGCUUACAGUGUUCUGCAGAUCUUUUGUCCUGAGCUGAUAAAGUUAAUUUAGAGCUCUGUAGGAUAUGCAAAUAGUAGAAAUAUUUCUGGCAGAGCGCGUUUGCAGAGGAAAAAGAAGGCAUCGUAUUGAAUUUGUGCUUCUCCCUGGUUAGCGUUAGGCGCAGGUUGGAAGGAGGUUGGAAAGACAAGUGGGAAACUUGAAUUUGCCUCUUGAGAUGCUUGGUUUCCAGUGAGCGUAAUUUAAAACGGUUUCAGAGAUGGUCUAGAUCUGCUUCUCCGAGCCUGUAUGGGAAGGUUAUAGCAGCCUGGGAACUCUGGAGUGCGGCGUGCUGUGUCCCUGCUCUCCCGUCUCUGUGUCAGUGCUUAGGCAUGGGAGCCUCAGUAAAAUGUAUAUAAUUAAGAAUUUCUUAUGCGAGAGAAAACUUUGGUUACUUAUUUAGAACAUAGAAUCGUAGAGUAGUUAAGGAAGGUACCUCUGGAGGCCAUGUGGUCAGCCUCUGCUCAAAGCAGGGCCCACUUCGAAGUGGGAUCUAACUUCAAAGUUGGAUUAAGUUGCUCAGGGUCGCAUCCAGGUUAGACUGAAGUCUUGACAUUUUCCAUUCCCAUAUGUAUAGCUGAUAUAGGUGAAAUCCAGCUAGCUUAGGAGGUUUGCACAGGUGGGAAGAUCUGCUGGACUGUGGGACACUAUUUAAGCAUUUUGGGUCAACCUUAGGUCUUCAAGCAGCGUGUGGGUCUGGAAGCAGCUGUGGUAGAGUGAGGUCUGCUAGCUAAUGUGGAUCCUCACUGUGAAAGAAAUGAGCUAGCAGGUAGCUGUUGAAGUUGCCUCCUAGGUCAUUUUGGGAUCCAGCCAUACAUAUGUAGACAUAUGUGUCCUGCAUCUGAACUUCUCCCAGGGUUUGCCUUGCUCUUGGCUCCCUGAGGUAUACAUCCAGGAGAUUUCAGGUCUCUGAAAACGUUGGACUAUAGCUCGUAGCAGUUGGCUGCACUCGUGGAGCAGGAAGAAAGCGUUCAUUAAGAAAGCAGUUAUGUGUGCAUCUUUCAGCAUAAACACCAGGACUUUGAACUUUUGAUUGUCACAAUUUUAGAUAGCUUCCAAUUUAGUUUAAGAAAGUGUACAAAAACUGGUGGAUGAGCUACAACUGCUGCAAAACGGUAGAUGGAGAAACAGGUCAAAGGAGAUAGGAUUGACUUUGAGAGGAAAGUUGCAAAAAAUAUGACAACUUACUUUUUUGAGUAACGUAUAUUGAAAUUACCUUGAAAAAGAGAGCCUGAAACUGUUUCCUACUGUUGCGGUUGGUCAGUGUGUUCUGAACCAUCCUCUGCAAGGUACCCACCAACGUAUCUUGCAUAGAUUCGCAUCCAACGUUUGAUGGCUUUUUGUUUAAGAAUGAAAUGAGUUUUGAAAGGCUGAUGUAAGAAACUACAGAACAGACCAGUUUGUGCAGGGAAAAACCGUUACUCUACUGAGGAGUAUUAUAUGGGUCUGACUCGGGCCUCUCAGUGCACCCACUCCCUGUAAACCAAUGCUGUCUUCUGAUGGUGGUUUCCAAAGGUGCUUGGCGUUUGAAAGUUGAGCUCCAAAAGUAAUUACUGCAAGCUGCUUUCCACCUUGAUUCUCCCCCAACGCUCACUUACAGAGGGAAGGAGCUGGGUCCCAGAGUAAAGCUGACCCGAUACAAAUUGGCUCUGUAAAUCACUCUGCUGUCUUGCCUGCCAAAUCUCAGUUUUUCCGCUGAAUGAUAGUCUCUAAUUCUUAAUUUUAAGCUAAUUUUUAAAAAAGUACAUAAAAUGUACACCAAAUCAGUACUGUCUUCUUGAACUCCAGCUGUCCUGAAACAGCGGCUCUGAAUGGAUGAACAGUCUUUGUUAAAUUCUAAAGGUUAACUCUGAAGUCUAAUGAUGGCAGAGUAGAUAUUAAUCGCUUCACUUCUGACCUUAGGACACAAGAAACAAAUAAGUUGAUUAUUUUGUAAAGGAUAUUGUACUGCUACUGACAUUAUGCUGCCUGUUCUUCAUGGGGAGGUCUCUAUGUGAAAACUUUGCUUCUCUCAAUCUCUGCAUAUUUAGGAGCUGUUGACUGAGUCGCUAUUCCUUGAAAAAAUGAAUGCCCAGACCUUUGCAGAGUUAUCACUCCCCCAAAAAAGGAGUUGGAUGUAUUCUCUCCAAGGUUACCCUAAAAUAAAGGCCAGAAGCCAGACCGAUGACGGUCCAGCAGGAGAAUUAGGCCCUCGCUCCUGCUGGUUGGUGGUUCCGCCGUGCCUGAGGGUGCGAGAGGCAGGUCAGUCCCCGCAGGUGUUCAGUCCUUGGCCUAUCCGCCGAGACCACCGGUAAAACAGAUGGACGUUUGAUGGUGGAAGCCCUCAUCCAGGAGCAAAUAACCUGGGGCUGCCGACCAGCUCACCUGGCUUUAAAAAAAACCCGCGGAAUUCACCCCGUUUCCAAAUAAUGCCGCGUAAGCGUUCUCUGACCAACUCGCUUCCACCCCUGCGGAAAUCCCGGGUUUCGGCACAGAGCCGUGCUCCUUCCCGCGCGACAGACGUCCCUUUUGUAUCCCAGCAUCUAACGCGGCUUCGUGCGCUUUUCUCUUCUGCUUCCUCGUAGGGCGAGACGGCUGGGUUUUCUUGGGCAGCGCUCGGCGGUAAAUUCAGGUCUCUGCUCGCAGCAGAACCGAGGGAAGAUUUGUGACAGAUGGGGCUAAGUCACAAACUUGCAGCCUCAGGCAGAAUUGUGGAAGUUUCCAGAGUGUGCCCAUAUUUACCUGAUCAGAGAGAAAAGAAAAUCUGCAGAGGAAGCCGAGCCUGGCUGCUUGUCAUAGCUGACACAGAGCCAUCUGCCACAAACCUGUGGCGGCUUCAGAUCUCCAAUCCCUGCCACCACCCCAGCUCAAAUUAAAUACAGAUUCUUAGAGACGUUAUGAUGGUUACACAUGUCCUCGGCAUCACAUGCAGGAGACUGUUCAAAAAAAAUAUGUGGCCUGUUGUAUAACCGCACUCAUGUAUCCCAUAUGUGGUGCCACAUUGAAUUUCCGGUUGAAUCUGUUUUUAUCCUUUGUACUGGAUGACAUGGUGCCUGAAUUCUUUCUUUUCGCCGACACGAUGGCAGCCAAGCUGCAGCUUCAAACGCUCACACUUGGCUGAGUUUCUACCUAGGUUGCCAGGUUAUCAUUGGAGCCUUAUUGUGUCCUCAAAGGGCCACAGGGCCUGAAAGGAGGAUCCGAACGCUGCCGGACUAAUUGGGCAGCCAUCUCCGGGUUGUUUGGAGGCAAAGGGCUGCUUUAGCACUUUUUUUUCUUUCUUUUUUUUUUUUUUUUUAAAUUAAUGACUCUCUGGCACGGGGGUUUUUAAGUGAAGGUAUUAAUAAGGGGUCUGGCAGGUAAUCCCAUGAUUCGCGGAGUUACAUUUGCAUUUAAUUAAUCUUAAAGAAAGCUGAAAGAUAAACAGCUGUAAUUCAAACUAGCAUGGGAAAUAUGCUACAUGGUGCCAUCUAUCCGAUAAAAUGAAAGCCGAGACACUUGUUUUAUUUCUCUCAAGGAUGGAGAACAAACAGAUAACAGUCAAAAUACUUCCAAUAAAAACCAGUAGUUUAAAUGUAACGGCAGUUCAUCAAGAAUCUUCGCAUCCCGUUACAAAUACAGUCUUUUAAAGAUAAAUCACUUAUGAUUCCAGCAGUCAAGCUGCUAUAUUUGUUGAUGUAAAAUGUUUUGAAGAUGUAGAUUGUACAAUAAAUUUUUAAUAAAGUGCCCACUGCAAUUUUUAAUUAGCAUAUCUCAUUCAUGUAUAAGUGUGUACAUCUAUCUGUAUGUUUAUCACUAUGCAUAUCCUUGUGGCAGAGUCAAUGAAUGCAAUUGUGUCUUUAUCUGAUGAAGUAGAAUCUGUGUUGCAAGUGAUAAUAAAACGUUAUGACAAUUCCAAGAUUUUCAACUCCGCUCUGGGAAGAAGCAAGAAGAGGACUCUGGGUGAGGUGUUACGAUGUGAAGCCAGGUAAGACCCCUCUUUGCGGACAGCCGUGGUGUCAGCUUCCCUCGUAUCAGGCAGGGUACCUCCUCUCCCCAUCGCGGCAGCAGACAUCAGCAUCUUUCCUUUGCCCGAGCACCGUCCACAGCAGGUGAAAGGCGUGGGCUGGCCCCCUCCACACACAUGCCUUCCUGCCUUCAGACGCCAUCAAGAUGCCGAACUGUCCUUUUUCAGCGUGGGAGGGAGCAUGCGGUACCUCUCUUUAAAAUCACUCCAUUAAGCAAUCAAAAAACCCAAGGGAGAUCCAACGGUAAGUGUUCAGAUAUUUUCCUAGCGCUGCAGAGUUGCGAUUUUGCAGUAAUCGUCUGUCUUCUAAGCUGGUUCCUCCUCAUUUCUGCUCGACCAAAGCCCAGCCUUGGGUCUAGGCGUUCAGCGUGGUUGAGUAGAAGUGGUCUUCUCAAGACAGCGUGCGGAGGUGCGGUAGUCAUUCUUGGUAGAGCCGAGUAACAGGACUGCCUUGCACUUCUUAUUGGAGUGUAUCAUAAAUGUUCACUGAUGUUAUCACGCCUUGCACUCACAAGAGCAAAUUUUUUUGGUCUUUACUGAUGGAGAAACUGAGGCAUGGUACAAUUAAAGCAAAUCGCUUCAGGUUUCACAGUGAGUCAUUCUCCGAACCAAUAAAGGGGAAAGAGGAGAUGCUGUAACGUCGUGUUAGGGCUUGUGGUGAACAGACUUGAUACACCAAAGCUCUGUGGUUUCAGGUUGAAGACUCCCGCUGUCCUCAGUGCACACAACACCCCAAUCAGGCCCACGACCGAGGGAGGUCUCGCCCAGCUCCUUGGCGAGCCGAUGCUCUUGCCUUGGUUUACUGACCAGUGGUACUUUAACCAUACCUAGCUCAGUCUGGUAAGCGAGGCUUCAUCUUGAUGGAAAAUUUUCCCUCUGACUUACAAACCCUUGCAAAUAAUGUUUUAUAAUAGAAACACUGUGGGAACUUUAAUUGCAGGGUAAUAAAUAGCAAUGCUGCAUUAUCUUCUGGUAUUUCUUUACAUUCUUAGCGAAGAUACACAGCUGCUCUAGAGCAAGGAUGAAAAUGUCCUUCCCGCAUCUCCUGGGACCUUCAGGUUGGCCUCCUGUCGGGGGGGGCCACCCUGGCCUGUUUCGAGGUCCUCAGCGAGGUGGGACUUGCAGGUCGCGGGAGGCGAUAUUUCCCCCGAGGCAGUGUCCCCCCCCAGCCCGCCGCAGGCUGAAACAACCUGAGGAGUUUUGCCUCGCGGUUUCUGAAGAUCAAACGAGACGGCCGCUCCGCGCUGCUUCAUUUAAAGCCUUCACUUCGAAAGGUCAGGGAGACAAAUUGGGAUCUCGGUCCGGUUGUUCUUACACACAUGAGUACGUGGUGAAUGCAGAGACCUAAUCUGAUGAGUAAAAUGACAGAAUUAGCCCUUGACUUACUUUCAUGUUUAUUGAUGUUUCACCUGCGUUGACACAGCAGCUGCGAGCGCUCCGAUAGGAGUUUUGGUGCAGAGUUAAAGCCGAGUGGGUUUUCCCGACUCCUGCCAGGCUCGCCAGGCAGCGCUCCGACCAGACAGCUCCUUGCCUCCCGCAUCAGUAACGGGCCAGGCACCUAAUCCUACAAUCCUUUUGUCUUAGUAUUUGAGAUCACAGGAAACACAGGUUUAUUCCACAUGAGAAUUGUCUUUUCCCGUAUAAUAGAAAAGAAAAUCCUAAAUUAACUAGGGAAUUCUGUAGCAAACCAUUUCCAGCAUUCCUAGCCCCGCUCCGGUCGUGCUGCAGGCACUGCGAGGAGCCGUGGUACAGACCGGCUUCCAUCCGUGUUUGCAGCAUCGAGACCUCUGACUUAGCUCAAAGCUGUUCUGAAUUAGGAGGCUAGAUUUUUCUAAUUGCAUUUUUAAAGA